AACCAAAGAGAAAAAAAAACAAAAAAGGAAGGAAACAAAAAAGAAAUAUCUUUGCUUUUUUUUUUCUCGUUCUUCUUUGUGUGUACACGCCUUCACCUCUAAGCUUUGACCAAAGUGUCGUUAUUUUCUCUUCUCUCUUGAAACGGAAUAUAGACUCAAGAACGCGUUUCAGCUAGAAAAUUCACUGUUCAUAUCUCGACUUCGUGAUGAAUCAAUGAUGAUGAGCUCUUCAUCUUCUAAUACACAAGCUGUACCAAUUCAGAGACAUGGGGAUGUAUGAACCGUUCCAACAGUUGUCUGGUUGGGAAAACACUUUCAACACCAUAACUACUAACAAUCAUAACAACAACAAUCAGACUUCUUCCACAAUUGCCAGAACAGAAGCAGAUGCUAACAAUAAGGGAAACUACACUUGUUUGUAUAAUAACUCUGUUGAAGCAGAACCGUCUGGUAACAAUGACCAGGGCGAAGUUCAAAUCAAUGAUAAGAUGAAACGGAGAUUGGCUCAGAACAGAGAGGCUGCUCGCAAAAGUCGUUUGAGAAAGAAGGCCCAUGUCCAGCAGUUAGAAGAAAGCAGGUUAAAGCUAUCACAGCUCGAGCAGGAACUCGUAAGAGCUAGGCAGCAGGGAUUAUGUGUAACAUCAGACGCUACUUAUCUUGGACCAGCUGGGACCAUGAACACAGGGAUCGCUGCGUUCGAGAUGGAACACAAACACUGGCUAGAAGAACAAAGCAAGAGAGUCAGCGAGAUUCGAACCGCGCUCCAAGCGCACAUCAGCGACGUGGAGCUCAAAAUGCUCGUCGACGUUUGCUUGAACCACUACGCCAAUCUCUUCCGCAUGAAAGCUGCUGCUGCGAAGGCUAACGUGUUCUUCUUGAUAUCCGGAAUGUGGAGAACUUCCACCGAACGUUUCUUCCAGUGGAUCGGAGGUUUCCGCCCCUCCGAGCUCUUGAAUGUUGUGAUGCCGUACAUUGAGCCUUUAACUGAUCAGCAACUCUUGGAGGUGAGGAAUCUUCAGCAGUCUUCUCAGCAAGCAGAGGAGGCUCUCUCUCAAGGCUUGGAUAAGCUUCAGCAAGGUUUGGUUGAGAACAUUGCUGUUGUUGAGUCUUUGAAUCAUGGAGGAGCUCAGAUGGCUUCAGCCAUGGAGAAUCUUGAAUCUUUGGAGGGCUUUGUGAACCAGGCGGAUCAUCUGAGAAAGCAGUCUCUGCAGCAAAUGAGUAAGGUCUUGACGACAAGACAAGCUGCUCGUGGCUUGCUUGCUUUAGGAGAGUACUUCCACAGGCUUCGUGCUCUAAGUUCUCUUUGGGCAGCUCGUCCACGCAAUUAACAAUUUUAGGAGGCACAAGGAAGAAGAGUCAACCUCAAAUGGUUUUAGCUAGGCAUGUAUGGAGAUGUAGGGUGAUUGAUUAUCCAUUAGAACAUCAUCUUCCUCAUUGAUGUUUUGUUUGUUCUUGAGAGAAAAUGAAUAAAGAAGAUAUAUAUAUAUAU